AUGGGGGAACGCUCGAAGCGAUAUUUACCUUCAUUUUGGCAAGAUGAUUUGGCAAUGCAGGGAUAUAUGAGUGUUAUAAAGGCUCGUGCUAUAAAUCCUAUCGACCAUGAUCGGAAAAUCAAGUUCUGGACCGAUUUGAUAUCAAAGUCAUGCGAAAUCGAGGGAAAUGCAAUUAUAAGUGUUGAUUCGCUGAAGAAACGAUUCCGGCGAGGUGAUCAGGUGCCCUCGAGCAUGAAUGUCGUUGUGGAGCAUUUGAACAAAUAUGGUGUGUUAAUGCCUUUGUCGAAAUGGCAAGAACAGCAUUCUUCAUGGGUAGGUUGGGGAUUUUCACAGCUGAGCAAAACCUCUGGAUGGCUUUUUGGAAAUACGGCGUCUACCACUUCUGAACGCUUCAUUCAUCUGCCCACUAUAAAGGUACAAGCAGAUAAUCUAAUGAAGUUGUAUUGCGAUGAGUUCCAAUCAGAAAUUGAUGGAGCGGGUAGUAUCGUGGCGUAUUCCACCUUCUAUGAUAGAGCUGCUGAUAUUGUCCGUACGAAGGAGAACUUUGACAUUAUACUUGCUCACCUAUCCGAUCGAGGCGACGUUACUGUUGGGCAGGGUCGCAAUGGCGAACAGAUCUUGAAGUUCAGAGUAGGCUUUUGA